AUGGUGUCGCCUGUCGAUCCUGAAUGUGCGACUGCUGUGUCAGACGACGAAAUCUUGUCUGGCGCUGCUUCAUCCUCUGAAGAAUCUGACUACCUCGACAGCGCCUCAUCUCGAAAACGCCGGAGGACAACAGAAGUGCCCCAGACUGAAGGUAACGAGAUCGAAGACGAGGAUGAGGUAGACAACGAGGUGGAAAGGGUUCUCUCUACUAUCAAAGUCCCAUCUCGAAUCAAGCGAGCCGUUCAAAUUGACCAGAAGGAGGCUCAAACUAAAGCCUUGAUCACACCCAAGAACUCGAUUCAGGCUCCUACCGACCCAAAUACCACCUUUUCUUCCCUCAACGUGCGACCGUGGCUGGUACAGUCACUAGCAAAUAUGGCUAUCAAACGGCCGACGGGGAUUCAAAAGGGCUGUAUUCCCGAGAUCUUGAAAGGCAGGGAUUGUAUUGGUGGCAGUCGAACAGGUUCCGGUAAAACAGUAGCAUUUGCUGUGCCUAUCUUGCAGAAAUGGUCAGAGGAUCCUACUGCCAUCUUUGCUAUCGUCUUAACACCAACAAGAGAACUAGCGCUGCAGAUUUUUGAGCAGUUCAAAGCCAUCUCUUCUCCUCAGAGCCUCAAGGCGAUCUUAGUGACAGGAGGCUCAGAUAUGCGCACACAGGCCAUCGAGAUCGGAAAGCGGCCGCAUGUGAUAAUUGCAACCCCUGGUCGUCUGGCGGAUCAUAUUCGAACUUCCGGAGAGGAUACCAUUUGCGGAUUGAGGAGAGUUCGAUACGUGGUUCUUGAUGAAGCUGAUCGCCUACUCAACGCCAAUGGGCCUGGCAGUAUGCUUCCUGACGUGGAAGAGUGCCUCUCUGUUCUCCCCCCAGCUACCGAGAGACAGACGCUUCUGUUUACUGCUACUAUUACUCCCGAAGUUCGAGCUCUCAAGGACAUGCCAAUCAAGCCUGGAAAGCAACCAGUAUUCGUGUGUGAGGUUGACACACAGACAUUGGCUAUACCUACAACGUUGAAACAAAUGUAUAUCAAGACACCCGUCACUCAUAAGGAGCACUACCUCCACGUCUUUUUGCUCACCGAAGCGAAUGUCGACAAAACUGUUAUCCUAUUCUGCAACCGAACCUCGACCGCCGACUACCUUCACCACCUUCUUCGAAUGCUUGAUCAUCGAGUGACUUCUCUGCACUCUAAGCUUCCCCAAAGACAGCGAAUCGACAACUUGGCUCGAUUCCGCGCUUCAGCGGCACGUAUCCUUGUAGCAACCGACGUUGCCGCUCGUGGUUUGGAUAUUCCUGAAGUCAGCCUUGUUAUCAACUACGAUCUCCCACGCGACCCCGAUGACUACAUCCAUCGAGUCGGUCGUACAGCCCGUGCAGGUCGUAAAGGUGAGGCGGUCAGCUUUGUGGGUCAGCGUGACGUUGAACUGGCCCUUACAAUCGAGAAGCGUGUCGGCCGUGAUAUGGAACCUUGGGAGGAAGAGGGCGUCAAUCUCGAGACUCGUGUGGUUCGCGAUGCCCUCAAGAUCGUGUCAGAGAAGAAACGCGAGGCUUUAUUGGAGGUAGAGGAAGGGAGGGAGGGAGGUGGCAAGCGAAAGCGCACAAAGCAAAAGUUGCGAGCGGAAUAA